CUACUUAUUACCAACAAUAUAAUGGAGACGAGUCUUCUUAAAUUUCAGAAAAAAAUAAAUAUAUACAUACAUAGCGAUGGGUAGCGCGGCCAGUUUAUCAUCUCCAUUGUUAUUAUACUCUUGUCUUUUACUCAUCCUCAUCUUCUCUUGCCUCAACGCCCACUUCCACUUCCUCCCAAUUUCUUCUUCUGUAAUUUCCACGCACAAACAGGUACAUAAAAAUGGCAAUUUGGAGAAAUUAGAACAAGGGUUGGCUAGAGCUCGAGCAGCCAUUAACAAAGCAGGACGAAAGAAUGCGAGUUUCAUUCCAAGCGGCUCCAUUUACAGAAAUCCUUAUGCUUUUCAUCAGAGCUACACAGAAAUGGAGAGGAGGUUCAAAGUAUGGACGUACAAAGAAGGUGAGCCGCCAUUGUUCCACAUGGGCAGAAUGAAAGGCAUUUAUUCAAUGGAAGGUCACAUGAUUGACGCUCUUGAAGAUUCUCACAAUCAGUUCGUCGCCGCCGAUCCUGCGGAGGCGCACGCCUUCUUCCUCCCAGUUGGGGUGGCUGAGAUCAUCCACUUUCUCUACACACCCAGAAUCAACUACAACCGCAACCACCUCCACAGGGUUGUUGCUGAUUACGUCACCGUCGUCGCCAAUAAAUAUCCCUUUUGGAACCGCAGCUCCGGCGCCGACCACUUCUUUCUCGCAUGCCACGAUUGGGGACCAGAUGUUUCUAGUGCAAACCCAGAGCUUUAUAAGAACUUCAUCAGAGGCCUCUGUAACGCGAACGUCUCCGAGGGUUUCCGGCCGAACAGAGACGUUUCGUUGCCGGAAAUAAAUGUUCCACCAGGCCUGGCACUCGGCCCGCCGGAUCUCAACAAAUCCCCAAACAAUAGAACAAUCCUGGCAUUCUUCUCAGGCGGGGCCCACGGACACGUGAGGGAGAAACUGUUCCGGCACUGGAAGGAGAGAGACGACGAGAUCCAAGUGCACGAGUACCUCCCUAAAAACGAGAAUUACUUUGAACUGAUGUCGCGCUCCAAGUACUGCCUGUGCCCUAGCGGUUACGAGGUGGCGAGCCCGAGGUUGAUUGAGUCGAUGCACGCCGGAUGUGUGCCGGUGAUCGUAUCGGACGGCUACGCUCUGCCGUUCAGCGAUGUACUUGAUUGGAGGAGGUUCUCGGUUCAUGUACCGGUGGAGAGAAUAGCGGAGAUAAAGAAGAUACUGAAGGGGAUUCCGAUGGAUGUGUAUCUGAGAAAGCAGAAACAGGUUUUGAAGGUGAAGAGACAUUUUGUUUUUAACAGACCUUCUCAACCCUACGAUUUGAUGCACAUGAUUCUUCAUUCUCUCUGGCUCCGGAGGCUCAAUGUUAGGUUACUUACCUAAUUAAUUAUCACACAAUUAACAUUAUAUAUAUUUUAUUU